AUGCACGACGAGGUCACCGUCUCGCUCGACGAUUACUCCGUCCUCCACCUCAUCACAAGAGUUCUCACGGCCGCCACGCCAACAAACCUCAACCUUGUCGCGCCCCCGCACGGCUCCCACAUCUUCAUCUACGCCUCCAUCCUCGACCAACCCAUCACGGUCUCAUCAUCGGGAAGUGCCCCGAUCCCCCUAGCCCGGGGCCCAGGAACAGGCAACAUAGGCGUGACGCUGUUCAUCAUGCCCAACGAGCCACCCAGGGUCACAUACCGGACAACAUACUCAGCCACCGAGGACAGCGACCUACGCGCCAGCCCAAAGACGCAGCAGCGGAUCGCGCUCGCCGUGUUCUGGACGGACCCGUCCAUCGCCAUUUCGCCCUGCGCCUUCGUCGCCGCGCCCACAGCAACCCCGCCGCUCUACGCGGUUCUCAACGCGCAGGCCGUCGCGCUGGGCCAGCAGCUCGCCGUGCAGGCCAUGACAGGCCCGGAUACGAGCUACGUGCCGGGGCUGAAGAUGGACUGGUACCGGGGGACAGCGAAGGACACGCUCGACGCGCUGGGGGCGUUCGAGGCGCAGUACGCGCGGUUCCUGGAUCAGGGGGCGGCGGCGGACGCGCGGGUCGAUGCGUGGCGGGUCAUGCUUGCGCAUGCGAAGGCGCAGCGGGCGAAGCUCGUUGUGCUCAGUGCGGCGGGGUGGGAGAAGGACCGGGAUGCAGCGGGCUUCAGUGUGAACAUCGGCAUGCUCUGCAUGGGGGAUGCAGAUGGGAUUGCCGGUGCCAUCGUUGCAGUGGGGGAUGCAGUCGAGGCGGCGCGAGACGCCGAGACAGUCCCUGAUCAAACGGGCGUGAAGAUAUCCUCCUCAACACUGCAGGCUCUCGCCGACAGCAUGGGGGCCCUGGAGACUCUAUAUCCGUCGCUGGACGAUCUUGUCUCGGCGGUGCAUAACCUCGCCACAAACCCUAACGCGGACCUCCCCUCAAAAGCAGACAUCUCCGGAAGUGCGCAGGGAGACGCCGAUGCGAACGCCAUCCUAGCGCUGGGCUCGUGGGACAAGCAUAACCUGGAGAGCGACGCACAGCUAGAAUGGGGUGUGUCGCGCGAGAUCAACGGCGCGGUCAAGUAUCGCCUUGCGCUGCAGAAGCACGGCAUCAACGGCAAAACGCUGGCGCAGGCGCAGGCGGAGGCCAUCAAGGCGGGAAACGAGUAUGUGCAGAGUGAGCUGCAGGCCAGGGCGUCGGACGAGGACGUGGCCAAUCUCGAGGAAAUGCUCGAGACGUACGAGGGCCAGGCGGACGUCUAUGCGCGCGCUGCGGCCAUCUUCUACGACAGAGCCUGGGACCUUCGCACCACCCUGAUGCUCGAGAUGCGCAAGAUGGUCUGGGCAUACAAGUACUGGGCGUUGCAGGACAGUCGGAUCGUGCUGACCCCUCAGAAGCCGGUCGAGGCCUUCCUGGCCGAUCUGGCCUUGCUGGACUAUGAGAUCGAGACUGUCUUGGUGAGCUAUGGCAGCGGCAGUGACUUCCAACCAUUCGAGCAGACCGUCCGUUCAGAACACCUCCCCUCAGACUACGGCCCCGAACUGAUCAAAGGCCUACAAGGAGAGUCCCACUCAGCAAGCUUCACCCUCACACCAAGCGUCGACCCAGCUUCAUCAUCGCCAACAACCUUCGCCAGCAUCUCCACCAACGGCGCACACUUCCGCAUCGACGGGCUCUCGCCAAUCCUGCGCGGCGCAAAGUCUCGCCGCGAAGCCCUCCAAGCCCAAGCCCAAGCCCAAGCCCAAGCCCGGCUCGUCCCCGUCGACAUGCGCAUCUCGACAUCAGGCAUCUACGCCGACAUCCGCUCCGGGCGGGUCUUCAACUCCGCCAGCCGCCCGCGGACGGUGCGGCUCUCGUACGACCUGCUGGAGGACGGCCCGCGCGGCGCCACGCACAUCCACUCGUCGUUUCCGGCGGUCGACCACGCGCGCGAGACCCCGUUUACGCAGUGGCGCAUUGAGCUGCUGAGCCCGCAUCUUCUGGAUCUGGGGGGGUUGGUGGGCGUUGAUUUGGAGUGGGCUGGGCGGGCGCAUUUUUACUGA